CCUUUUUCUGUGCCGUGAUCUUUCGACACAGCCCUGAGCCCGGGCCCCGCCUCGGCCCCGCUUCCUCUUCGCACAGGGAAUCUCUUCUUCUCGUCACCUCCAGCAAGAAAGGAAGGCAGCCCUCCCACGGAGCCCGGCCACUCGUGUCCACCUGAAGCCUUGUUCCAGGCGCUCCCUGGAGCCCGCGCCAAGCCGGCAAGAUGGAGGAAGCAUGUGAUGAUAUAGAUCAGAUGUUCAGCAACCUAUUAGGGGAAAUGGAUUUGCUGACCCAGAGUCUGGGAAUGGAAACUGUCCCCCCACCAACAAGAAAAGAAUCUAAUGAUGGAUUUAAUUUUGCAGUUGGUUUUAAAGAUUUAAAUGAAUCCCUAAAUGCUCUGGAAGACACUGAUUUGGAUGCUUUAAUGGCUGAUCUUGUAGCAGACAUAAGUGAAGUAGAAAAGUCUACACUCCACCUACAAAAGGACACAUCCAACAACCAGCAAAGUACUGUGAAUCAGCCUCCAGAAAAUGCUGAUGCCCCUUAUGGGUAUCAGUCAGAUUUCCCAAAUAUUCCUGUUGCAUGUGUUGAGGAUUACUUGCCACCUCCCCCUCCAGAAACAACCUUUGAUCUUCCACCGCCACCAUCACCUUCGCCGUUGGCUUCUGAACCACUCACUCAGGAAGACCAAGAAGCACAAGCGAAAGCAGACAAAAUUAAGCUUGCACUAGAAAAAUUGAAGGAAGCUAAAGUUAAAAAGCUUGUUGUCAAGGUGCACAUGAAUGAUAACAGCACAAAGUCUCUGAUGGUGGAUGAACGGCAAGUGACACGUGAUGUCUUGGACAAUCUCUUUGAAAAGACCCACUGUGACUGCAAUAUUGACUGGUGCCUUUAUGAAAUAUACCCAGAGCUACAAAUUGAAAGAUUUUUUGAAGAUCAUGAAAAUGUGAUUGGUGUCUUAUCUGACUGGACUCGGGACACUGAAAACAAGAUCCUGUUUCUCGAGAAAAAUGAAAAAUAUGCUGUGUUUAAAAACCCACAGAACUUCUACUUGUCAAAUGUAGGCAAACAUGAAAGCAAAGAAAUGAAUGAAAAAAGCAAAGAAGCCUUACUCGAGGAAAGCUUCUGCGGCACAUCUGUCAUUGUACCAGAGGUUGAAGGAGCCCUUUAUUUAAAAGAAGAUGGCAAGAAGUCCUGGAAGAGACGUUAUUUUCUUUUGCGAGCUUCUGGAAUUUAUUAUGUACCCAAAGGAAAGACCAAGACAUCCCGGGAUCUGGCCUGCUUCAUACAGUUUGAGAAUGUAAAUGUGUAUUAUGGUAUUCAAUACAAAGUGAAAUACAAGGCACCUACGGACUACUGUUUUGUUUUAAAGCAUCCUCAGUUACAGAAGGAGUCACAGUAUAUCAAAUACUUGUGCUGUGACGACCGGCAAAUGCUACAUCAGUGGGUGACUGGCAUAAGAAUUGCAAAGUAUGGCAAGACACUGUACGAUAACUACAUUUGUGCAGUGCAGAAGAGUGGCUUAGCUUCUCGACUAGCAAAGCCAGGGACUACUGUGUCAACUGUGGGAUCAUCUUCAAAAGGUAUUACUCAUGCAAAUGGACAGGUCCCCCAAAUCAUAAAUCCAACUGUGGCAGUUUCUUCAGUGAAUGAGAAAGCUGCUGAGAUACCAAAGGUUAAGAAGCCAGACAGUGUCAUGGAUGUCAGGCAAGCACCACUACCUCCCAUGCCACAAUUCAGACAUCAUAAACCUGGUGGGUUACGUCCACCACCCCCUCCGCAAAGACGAUCUUCUGCAGUAACAACUCCUCUGAACUUACCAACAAACAUUGAGAGAAGGAAUACAUCUUACACUUUUGAUACAGAAUUUCCACCUCCGCCUGAACUGUUACCUCCACCUCCUGAACUAGAUGAUCUGCCGCCACCACCUCCACCACCUCCUGAAUGCUAUGAAGCUCCUCCUGAUUUCAUUCCUCCACCACCACCUUCCUACACUACUGGCGCAGGCACCCCAGAGAUGAUGAUGCCACCACUUCCUCCUCCGCCUUCAUUUCCUGCCCCUGAUAUGCCUCCGCUAAUCAGGAAAAAGCCCCCACCUCCUCCUCGAAGGCAGGAAGACAGUGAUGGGCAGGCAGAAAGGCCAAGGCAAAGUGCACUUCCAAGGGGAGAUGGAGUUGGACAAGGAGGAGAUUUCAUGUCUGAUUUAAUGAAGGCAUUAGAAAAGAAAAGGAGUGAAACAUCAUGAAAUAAACGGAGUAUAUUCUUGAGUGUAGGAUCAUGGAGAAGAUACUCCUGAGAAAUUGUCAGAAGAGCACUUCCUGGUGGUCCAAAGGAGUAAAUGGUACAGAAAGUCAUUUCAGCAGGCCAACCUUUCUCAAAGACUUUUUGAAACAGGGACUUCCAGUGCAUCUGAUUCGUAGGGUAAAAAAGUCUGCUGGGAAAAAGCAAAUUCUACAGUGUAGCCUUAUUUGAUCCAGCAAUUAGUUGACAGAGAUAUGCAGCAGCAACAUAGAGUUGGACUAAUUUAUUGAAAUUAUGAACUUGGUGCUGAGGCACUUCUAGAAAUAGAUGUUUGAAUUCUGAAACAGAAAAAUGAUAGCCUCAACAGUUUGUAGAUUUCCAUUAUUGACUGGCUGGAGUUACAAAAAACCUUUUUGCUUCUCUUAUUUAAAUAAAAAGUGGAAGAUACUG